AUGGCGGAAGCAGCCACCGGCAUCUCUGAUCCAGUGGAUCAAGACCCAAAUCAACUGAUGAAAUGGGACGGUGACGGGACUGAGUCAGCUGUCAGAUCUGCGAGAUUUGGAAAGGGACGGCGGUGA